ACCAGGUCAAGCUCCACGGCUCUCCCCUGUGCUCUUUCCUUGCUGCUCUCAGGUCCCCUGCAGGCUUGAGCCCCUUUCAUCUAGUACACACAUUCGAGAAGCCAAGGCAUAGCCAUGGUGGAUGCGGAGAUGGCCGCGUUUGGGGCCGCCGCCCCCUACCUGCGAAAGUCAGAGAAGGAGCGGCUGGAAGCCCAAACCCGACCUUUUGACCUCAAGAAGGAUGUCUUCGUGCCCGAUGACAAAGAGGAAUUCGUCAAGGCCAAAAUUGUGUCUCGAGAGGGUGGCAAAGUCACUGCUGAGACUGAGAAUGGCAAGACGGUGACCGUGAAGGAGGACCAGGUGAUGCAGCAGAAUCCGCCCAAAUUCGACAAGAUCGAGGACAUGGCCAUGCUGACCUUCCUGCACGAGCCCGCCGUGCUCUACAACCUCAAGGAGCGCUAUGCCUCUUGGAUGAUCUACACCUACUCAGGCCUCUUCUGUGUCACCGUCAAUCCCUACAAGUGGCUGCCUGUGUACAAUGCAGAGGUGGUGGCCGCCUACCGGGGCAAGAAGAGAAGCGAGGCACCACCCCACAUCUUCUCUAUCUCUGACAACGCCUAUCAGUACAUGCUGACAGAUAGAGAAAACCAGUCCAUCCUGAUCACUGGGGAAUCCGGGGCAGGGAAGACUGUCAACACCAAGAGGGUCAUCCAGUACUUUGCUGUUAUUGCUGCCAUUGGGGAUCGCAGCAAGAAGGAUCAGACCCCAGGGAAGGGCACUCUGGAGGACCAGAUCAUCCAGGCCAACCCUGCUCUGGAGGCCUUCGGCAACGCCAAGACUGUCCGGAAUGACAACUCCUCCCGCUUUGGGAAAUUCAUUCGAAUCCAUUUUGGGGCAACUGGAAAGUUGGCAUCUGCAGACAUAGAGACCUACCUUCUGGAAAAAUCCAGAGUUAUUUUCCAGUUGAAGGCAGAGAGAGAUUAUCACAUUUUCUACCAAAUCCUGUCUAACAAAAAGCCUGAGCUGCUGGACAUGCUGCUGAUCACCAACAACCCCUAUGAUUAUGCAUUCAUCUCCCAAGGAGAGACCACAGUGGCCUCCAUUGAUGACUCUGAGGAGCUCAUGGCUACUGAUAAUGCCUUUGAUGUGCUGGGCUUUACUCCAGAGGAGAAGAACUCCAUGUACAAGCUGACAGGUGCCAUUAUGCACUUUGGAAACAUGAAGUUCAAACAGAAGCAGCGAGAGGAGCAGGCUGAGCCAGACGGCACUGAAGAGGCUGAUAAAUCCGCCUACCUCAUGGGGCUGAACUCAGCUGAUCUGCUCAAGGGGCUGUGCCACCCUCGAGUGAAAGUGGGCAAUGAAUAUGUCACCAAGGGGCAGAAUGUCCAGCAGGUGGCAUAUGCCACCGGGGCACUGGCCAAAGCAGUGUAUGAGAAGAUGUUCAACUGGAUGGUGACACGGAUCAAUGCCACCCUAGAGACCAAGCAGCCACGCCAGUACUUCAUAGGGGUCCUGGACAUCGCCGGCUUCGAGAUCUUUGAUUUCAAUAGCUUUGAGCAGCUGUGCAUCAACUUCACCAACGAGAAGCUGCAGCAGUUCUUCAACCACCACAUGUUCGUGCUGGAGCAGGAGGAGUACAAGAAGGAAGGCAUUGAGUGGGAGUUCAUUGACUUUGGCAUGGACCUGCAGGCCUGCAUCGACCUCAUUGAGAAGCCCAUGGGCAUCAUGUCCAUCCUGGAAGAGGAGUGCAUGUUCCCCAAGGCCACUGACAUGACCUUCAAGGCCAAGCUGUAUGACAACCACCUGGGCAAGUCCAACAAUUUCCAGAAGCCACGCAAUAUCAAGGGAAAGCAGGAAGCCCACUUCUCCCUGAUCCACUAUGCCGGCACUGUGGACUACAACAUCAUAGGCUGGCUGCAGAAGAACAAAGACCCACUCAACGAGACUGUGGUCGGCUUGUACCAGAAGUCCUCCCUCAAGCUGCUCAGUAACCUGUUCGCCAACUAUGCAGGGGCUGAUGCACCUGUUGAUAAGGGCAAAGGCAAAGCCAAGAAAGGCUCAUCCUUUCAGACUGUGUCAGCUCUGCACAGGGAAAAUCUGAACAAGCUGAUGACCAACUUGCGCUCUACACAUCCCCACUUUGUGCGUUGCAUCAUCCCCAAUGAGACAAAGUCUCCAGGGGUGAUAGACAACCCCCUGGUCAUGCACCAGCUGCGCUGUAAUGGCGUGCUGGAGGGCAUCCGCAUCUGCAGGAAGGGAUUCCCCAACCGAAUCCUCUACGGGGACUUCCGGCAGAGGUACCGCAUCCUGAAUCCAGCAGCCAUCCCUGAGGGCCAGUUCAUUGACAGCAGGAAAGGGGCAGAGAAGCUGCUGGGCUCCCUGGACAUUGACCACAACCAGUACAAGUUCGGCCACACUAAGGUGUUCUUCAAGGCUGGGCUGCUGGGGCUGCUGGAGGAGAUGCGUGACGAGAGGCUGAGCCGCAUCAUCACCCGCAUCCAGGCCCAGUCCCGGGGUGUGCUCUCCAGAAUGGAGUACAAGAAGCUGCUGGAACGCAGAGACUCCCUGCUGAUAAUCCAGUGGAACAUUCGGGCCUUCAUGGGGGUCAAGAACUGGCCCUGGAUGAAGCUCUACUUCAAGAUCAAGCCACUGCUGAAGAGCGCAGAAACAGAGAAGGAGAUGGCCACCAUGAAGGAGGAGUUUGCACGCAUCAAAGAGGCGCUGGAAAAGUCAGAGGCUCGCCGCAAGGAGCUGGAGGAGAAGAUGGUGUCCCUGCUGCAGGAGAAGAACGACCUCCAGCUCCAAGUGCAGGCGGAACAAGACAACCUGGCUGAUGCAGAGGAGCGCUGCGACCAGCUGAUCAAGAACAAGAUCCAGCUGGAGGCCAAGGUGAAGGAGAUGACAGAGAGGCUGGAGGACGAGGAGGAGAUGAAUGCAGAGCUCACUGCCAAGAAGCGCAAGCUGGAAGAUGAGUGCUCUGAGCUCAAAAGGGACAUUGAUGACCUGGAGCUGACGCUGGCCAAGGUGGAGAAAGAGAAGCAUGCAACAGAGAACAAGGUGAAGAACCUGACAGAAGAGAUGGCUGGGCUAGAUGAGAUCAUCGCCAAGCUGACCAAGGAAAAGAAGGCUCUGCAAGAGGCCCACCAGCAAGCCCUAGAUGACCUUCAGGCCGAGGAGGACAAGGUCAACACCCUGACCAAGGCCAAAGUCAAGCUGGAGCAACAGGUGGACGAUCUGGAGGGGUCCCUGGAGCAGGAGAAGAAGGUGCGCAUGGACCUGGAGAGAGCAAAGAGGAAGCUGGAGGGUGACCUGAAGCUGACCCAGGAGAGCAUCAUGGACCUGGAGAAUGACAAGCAGCAGCUGGACGAGAAGCUGAAAAAGAAGGACUUUGAACUGAAUGCCCUCAAUGCGAGGAUUGAGGAUGAGCAGGCCCUGGGCAGCCAGUUGCAGAAGAAGCUCAAAGAGCUUCAGGCUCGCAUUGAGGAGUUGGAGGAGGAACUGGAGGCUGAACGCACCGCCAGGGCCAAGGUGGAGAAGCUGCGCUCAGACCUGUCCAGAGAGCUGGAGGAGAUCAGCGAGCGGCUGGAAGAGGCUGGCGGGGCCACAUCCGUGCAGAUCGAGAUGAACAAGAAGCGCGAGGCUGAGUUCCAGAAGAUGAGGCGGGAUCUGGAGGAGGCCACACUGCAGCACGAGGCCACGGCGGCGGCCCUGCGCAAGAAGCACGCCGACAGCGUGGCCGAGCUGGGUGAGCAGAUCGACAACCUGCAGCGUGUGAAGCAGAAGCUGGAGAAGGAGAAGAGUGAGUUCAAGCUGGAGCUGGAUGAUGUCACCUCCAACAUGGAGCAGAUCAUCAAGGCCAAGGCUAACCUGGAAAAGAUGUGCCGGACCCUGGAAGAUCAGAUGAAUGAGCACCGAAGCAAAGCUGAGGAGACCCAGCGUUCCGUCAACGAUCUUACCAGCCAGCGGGCAAAGCUGCAGACCGAGAAUGGUGAGCUGUCCCGGCAGCUGGAUGAAAAGGAGGCACUGAUCUCUCAGCUGACCCGAGGCAAGCUCACCUACACCCAGCAGCUAGAGGACCUCAAGAGGCAGCUGGAGGAGGAAGUUAAGGCAAAGAACGCCCUGGCCCACGCGCUGCAGUCAGCCCGGCAUGACUGUGACCUGCUGCGGGAGCAGUACGAGGAGGAGACCGAGGCCAAGGCUGAGUUGCAGCGUGUCCUGUCCAAGGCCAACUCAGAGGUGGCCCAGUGGAGGACCAAAUAUGAGACAGAUGCCAUCCAGAGGACUGAGGAGCUUGAAGAAGCCAAGAAGAAGCUGGCCCAGAGGCUGCAGGAUGCCGAGGAGGCCGUGGAGGCCGUCAAUGCCAAGUGCUCGUCCCUGGAGAAGACCAAGCACCGGCUGCAGAAUGAGAUCGAGGACCUGAUGGUGGACGUGGAGCGCUCCAAUGCAGCCGCUGCAGCCCUGGACAAGAAGCAGAGGAACUUCGACAAGAUCCUGGCCGAGUGGAAGCAGAAGUAUGAGGAGUCGCAGUCAGAGCUGGAGUCCUCGCAGAAGGAGGCGCGCUCCCUCAGCACAGAGCUCUUCAAGCUCAAGAAUGCCUACGAGGAGUCCCUGGAGCAUCUGGAGACCUUCAAGCGGGAGAACAAGAACCUUCAGGAGGAGAUCUCUGACCUGACUGAGCAGCUGGGUUCCAGUGGAAAAACCAUCCACGAGCUGGAGAAGGUCCGCAAGCAGCUGGAGGCUGAGAAGCUAGAGCUGCAGUCAGCCCUGGAAGAGGCUGAGGCCUCCCUGGAACAUGAGGAGGGCAAGAUCCUCCGGGCCCAGCUGGAGUUCAACCAGAUCAAGGCAGAGAUCGAGCGGAAGCUGGCAGAGAAGGACGAGGAGAUGGAGCAGGCCAAGCGCAACCACCUGCGGGUGGUGGACUCGCUGCAGACCUCCCUGGAUGCAGAGACGCGCAGCCGCAAUGAGGCCCUGCGGGUGAAGAAGAAGAUGGAGGGCGACCUCAAUGAGAUGGAGAUCCAGGAGCUGAAGAAGGAGCAGGACACCAGCGCCCACUUGGAGCGCAUGAAGAAGAACAUGGAGCAGACCAUCAAGGACCUGCAGCACCGGCUGGACGAGGCCGAGCAGAUCGCCCUCAAGGGCGGCAAGAAGCAGCUGCAGAAGCUGGAGGCCCGGGUGCGGGAGCUGGAGAAUGAGCUGGAAGCUGAACAGAAGCGCAAUGCGGAGUCGGUCAAGGGCAUGAGGAAGAGUGAGCGCCGCAUCAAGGAGCUGACCUACCAGACGGAGGAGGACAGGAAGAACCUCCUGCGGCUACAGGACCUGGUGGACAAGCUGCAGCUGAAGGUCAAGGCCUACAAGCGCCAGGCCGAGGAGGCGGAGGAGCAGGCCAACACCAACCUGUCCAAGUUCCGCAAGGUGCAGCACGAGCUGGAUGAGGCAGAGGAGCGGGCGGACAUCGCCGAGUCCCAGGUCAACAAACUGCGGGCCAAGAGCCGUGACAUCGGCGCCAAGGGCUUGAAUGAGGAAUAGCUUUGCCACGUCUUCUUGAUCUGUCCAUUCCUGAGGAGCUGAUGAAGCCCCCAGUUCCGGAGUCUAUAUAGCAGCCCCUUUGGAUGAAACUGAAUAAAGCUAUUUUCUUUGAAGCCAA